CUCUCCUUGCAACAAGUACUUUGGUCUGGGAAGCCAUAUGGUUCAUCUCGAAGUAUCGUAAGGAAAAUUGGUACUAAUUUGUCUCUGAUUCAAUGUCCAAGAGUUCAAUUUCAGCUUACCAACCAUGAAGCAGAGUGGAGUCCCAGCCACCCAGGACAGGAUGCGGUGGUGUCUUUUGCUGAUGUUGGAUGGGUAGCCCAAGAAGAAGGAGAGUGUUCAAUGCGACUAAGGACAGAAGUCAGGUCAGACCAACCCCUUCAGGAUGACUCUCCUCUGUUUGAGAACCUUCCCAGCAGGCAGGCUUCCCUAGUACACCCAUCUCAAGAGGACCCUCCCAUGAGAACGGCAGCGCUGGCCAAUGAGGAAGCCCUGCAGAAGAUCUGUGCUCUGGAAAAUGAACUGGCUGCCCUCCGGGCCCAGAUCGCCAAAAUCGUGACGCUGCAAGAGCAGCAAACACUCAUUGUCACUACAGGUGAUGUAGGGGCCCCCACCGUGUCUGCCCUGCCACCCCCUCCACCCCCGCCACCGCCACCGCCCCCACUUCCUGUAUCAGGGUCUUGCUCAAGUAGGUCUGCCAUCGAUCUGAUCAAAGAACGAAGAGAGCAACGAACUAGUGCCGGAAAGACUGUGGUUAAAACCAGUCCAAAGAAACCUGACAUCCCAAAUAUGCUAGAAAUCCUUAAAGAUAUGAACAGUGUAAAACUUCGCUCAGUGAAGAGGUCGGAGCAUGAUGUCAAGCCCAAGCCUGUGGACACUACUGACCCUGCUACCCUCAUUGCAGAGGCGCUGAAAAAGAAAUUCGCAUUUCGGUAUCAAAAUGAGGUUGAAAAAGUAACUCCAAAGUCUGAAUCAGAGACCACUUCAGAAACUGUGUUGUUUGGGCCACAUAUGUUGAAGUCUACAGGAAAAAUGAAAGCUUUAAUUGAAAAUGUUUCCAGUUCCUAA